GCGGCAUCAGAUCACAGACGACACGACCGCGCAGAGCUGAGACACACGCGCACACAUACACACACGCAGCUCAUCCUCCGUCUAUAUAUUCGACUUCAUCCAGGCAACAGACCGGGAAAUCAUCCUCCAACCAAAACCAGGACUUUUUAUUUGUUCAUGCAAAUACUUCUCGCUCACAAAUAUGCUGCUGUGUUCACACUUCGGAAGGAGAAGAGGCCAGCCUUAGAAUAAACUUCACACAACUUUAACUCGACUCUGCAGAGGAGAAACCCUUGGUGUGGACCUUCAGAUCUUUCCUGCGUUUGGUGAACCUUUCCGACACUUCGGCCCGUCACGAUGGAAGCGAGAGGAAAGUACGAUUUUGCUGCAACAGCAAGCGACGAGCUCAGCUUCAGAAAAGGCGAUAUAUUGAAGAUUUUAAGCCCACAGGAUGAGUGGUACAAGGCGGAGAUAAAUGGAACUGAAGGAUUCGUACCACAAAACUACAUUGAAAUGCAGCCACAAAGGUGGUUCCAGGAGAACGCCAGUCGCAGCGCUGCAGAGGAUCUCCUGAGGUUCAAAGGUGUGGGAGACUUUGUGAUCAGAGGCUGUCAGAGCUCCCCCGGAGACUUCUCCAUCUCUGUAAAACAUGAGAGUGAUGUCCAGCACUUCAAAGUGAUGAGGGACAGCAGCGGCCAGUACUACCUGUGGUCUGAGAGGUUCACCUCUCUAAACAAGCUGGUGGAUUACUACAAGGCCAACUCCAUCUCUAAAACCAGGGAGAUCUACCUCAACGAUGGCAGCCAGGACAGUAGAAACUCUCCCAUGGCCCAGCCGGUGAAGAGGGGAAGUUUGCCUGAACAGCGAACCACAGCUGCAGCCAUCGGCGUGACACCGCGCAGAGCUUCAGAACCGCCAAACAACCAGCUGGGUAAGAGACCUGCUGGUAUGGAGGAGCGAGCUCACACCAUCGGACACACAGGAAGAAGCAGCCCUGUGACUUCUGGUCAUCCUCCGCGUCGCGUGUCUGACACCAUGCCUCUGCCUCAGAGGGCACAAAUGCUACAGGUGAAGGCGCUGUACGACUUCGUGGCCGAGGAAGACGACGAGCUCGGUUUCAGCGCCGGUGACAUCAUCGACGUGAUGGAUCGCUCGGAUCCGUCGUGGUGGAAAGGGAGGCUGCGGGGAAGAAGCGGGUUGUUUCCUGCCAACUACACAAUACAGCUGUGAGAAAACCCCCCCGAGGAGAUGCACUUAUUAUGCCCGCAAUUAUUCACAGACUUGCUCUGCAGGUGCACAGAAAAUGUGUUUUUGAAUAUAAACACUGAGCAGCCAGUGACGCAUCAAAUCUCUCGACCACAAAUCGGAACUUCGUCAAGUCACCAAAGGACUAUGAGUCAUGUGGCGUUGUCUGAUAAUAUUCUCUCGGCACAUUUCUUGUCCAGUUUUUGUCUCAAUUAUUCACAAAAGAGCAGAGACACACCCUCAAGAAUUUCCUAAUAGUUGGUACAUGUUUAACUUGCUGCAGAUGGAGCUGAGGAAUGUCUUAUUAUUUUUUAUUAUCACAUAUCUGACAGCAGGUAUUUACUUGCAAAUUGCUCGUUGGCCAGUUUGCUGAUGAAUCGACUGUAAUCCAACUGUUUCUGCUCAUGUAUCACAUUUUAUACAACAAGUUUUUUUUGUAUAAAGAAAUUAGUAGAUUUAUCAACAAGUGUGCAUGCUUAACAUAGACGUGUAACUUCCUCGCAGCUCACUGACAUGGAAAUAAAAUUAUUUUUUAUCACGGA